AUGGCAGACGUACACGAGAACGGAUAUCUGGAUGAAGCCUUGUUUGACCCCAGUGUCCUGAAUCAGCUGGAUAUGAGCCAGUUUAAAGCAGAAUAUAAGAAUGUUACAACACCUCUAACACCAGAACACAAUCUACAGAUUCGACCAUUACAUUUGGAAGACUAUGACAAAGGUUACCUUGACUUACUAAAGCAGCUAACGACUGUUGGGGACGUAACCAGAGAAGAAUUUGUAGACAGAUUUCAAAAGAUGAAGGCAUGUCCAGACACUUAUUACAUUGUUGUGAUAGAGGAUUUGAAAUCUGGCCAGAUCAUCGGGUCUGCUACACUGGUAAAAGAACAAAAGUUUAUACACCACCUGAGCUCUAGAGGCAGAGUAGAAGAUGUUAUUGUCAGUGAUCUGUACCGGGGCAAAGAACUUGGAAAACUACUUGUGGAUAUUCUGGUGUGUCUGAGCCAGCAGUUGAACUGCUACAAGGUGUCGCUGGAGUGCAAGGAUGACAAUCUCAAGUUUUAUUGCCAGUUUGGCUUUGAAAGGACACCAGGGCAGAACUUCAUGCAGCAGAGAUUUUAUGACUAA